AAUUGGUAGAUUUAUAUUUCCGGCUAGGGUUUAUAAUUUCCGCUCACUUCCUCUCGUGGAGAAUAAAAGGACUCUCUUUGAUCCGACCUUUCUACUCUUCACCACACCGUAUUGGAUUCUGUGUUCGCAGCUGCCAUGUACGGCCACAGGGGGGCAAUGUUUGGGAGCGGGGGGGUGUCGGACGGGUACGAGAUCGGCUCAAAGAGACCAAGAAUGAUGGAAUCGGGUCCCUACUUCGCAGUGAGGAGCAGCGGUGGUUCAAGCAGUUACCAAACACAAGGCUACGACACCAGUUAUCCGCCUUCUUCCACUUUUCCUGUAGUUCGUCUGAGGGGCCUCCCGUUCAACUGCACCGAUGUGGACAUCUUCAAGUUCUUUGCCGGACUUGAUAUUGUGGAUGUCUUCUUGGUGAACAAGGAAGGGAGAUUUUCUGGGGAAGCAUUUGUUCUCUUUGCAGGGCCUAUGCAGGCUGAUCUUGCUCUCCGGAGGGACCGGCAAAACAUGGGAAGACGAUAUGUGGAGGUAUUUAGGUGCAAGAAGCAGGACUAUUACCACGCAAUAGCAUCCGAGGUUAAAGAAGGAUCUUAUGGCAGUGUUGACCACCGUGGUUCUCCACCACCUGUCCGACGCAAGAGGUCUCCCGAGAAGGAGAGGAUGGAGCAUACAGAGAUCUUGAAGAUGCGUGGUCUUCCUUACUCUGUGAAAAAGGUGGAGAUCUUGAAAUUCUUCGAAGACACGGUCAGUGUGAAGGAGGAGAAGAUUCACAUUGCCUGCCGAUCAGACGGGAAAGCAACUGGGGAGGCGUAUGUGGAGCUUGGUUCGGUCGAAGAGGCAAGGAAAGCCAUGUCUAAGGACAAGAUGAUGAUUGGAUCAAGAUAUGUGGAACUGUUUCCUUCAACACCUGAAGAAUUGAAGCGAGCUGCAUCAAGAUCACGUUAGUGAAUUUUAAUAGAGUUUCUUCCUCUUUGUCUCUGUUGUCAACUUACAUUAAAUUGUUACAUUGAAACUUGAGCUUUGAGUUAAUUGUGUUUUCCUCAA